ACUGCCCUCUUUUGGUAAAAGCGCCCUUCAAUAGCGGUUAAUAGAUAAACAGCACAGCAUCCAGCGAGGGGUUUCCAGAAGGGCAGCGCUGAGGGAAAGAACAGCACGCAAAGCACUAAAGAACGAGGGGUUUCUCUUCAAACACUACAUUCAGACAAAAUGAAAAUCACUUUCACGGGUUUGGCCAGUUUCGUGGCCACCUUUGGUGUCCUCAGCUUUGUCGGUCUCGUUCUGGCGAUCGGAACCGAUUUUUGGUACAUCAUUGACACUUCUAAGAGAGAAAACAGUUCCUCCGUGUCUCUGAGCUCCCAUUCUGGACUGUGGAGGACUUGUAACUUUCAUAACCAAUGCUGGCCGUUCAUGAAUCCCUUUGGAGCGGGAAGAAACGUAUCAGAAUCGCAGAGGCAGAUACUAAACAUGCAGGGAACGUUCAUCGUCCUGCUGCCUCUCAGUGUGAUCGUGCUGUUUAUCGGAGGAAUGCUGGGCUUCAUCAGUAUGUUGGCGCGGGCCUACCUGCUGCUCCUCCUGACCGGAGUGCUGCUUCUGUUCGGCGCUGUUCUCUCAUUGGCUGGAAUUUGUGUCUACAUGGCUCACUCUGCAGCUGCCUUCAAAGAGGCUGUGCACAUCUCUGGCCACAAAACCCUGGAGGACAUUGAGAUUUACUUUGGCUGGUCUCUGAUUCUAGCCUCUGUCUCUUUUGUUGGAGAACUCUGUACCGCCGUGGCGUUCCUGCUUACCUCAGCCAGAGUGAGCCAGCUGACCAAUCAGGAAGAACAUGAUUACUGACGCGUUCUGAAUCAGAACCGUUCUAAAGACAGGAGACGAUUACGAAGAAAAUUAAAUCGAUGUUUACAUAUUUAUAUUUUAAAGGGAUAAUGAAUGUUUUAGUACAUUUCAGUGUGCAAUUUUAGCAAGGUCGGGGGUCAGGUUUCUCGGCUACCUGGGGAGGUUUGUGAAAUUUAUUAUAGAAAUACCACCGCUAAGUUAAACUAAUCAAAUAGUUAAUAAUAACAGUAAAAAAACACUUUGUUAUGGGACUGAUUCUCAUUAUUAACUAGCUUCGUAUUAGCAAUUACAUAUUGGCAGUAUAGCAAUAUUGGCAUAUUUUUCAUGACUAUAUUCUACAUCCUAGACCCACACAAUGCAUAAAUUCAACAAUCACCUUAUUAACUAUUCUUAUGCAGCAAAUUAGGAGUUUACUGAGGUCAUGGUUUGUUUAAUGGCAAGAAUCGAAUCUUGCAAUAAAGUGUGACCUAAUAAGAAUAAUAAACAUGAAAAUGUAAAACAUCUUUUUAAGGUGGUAUUAUAUAUAUAUGUGUAUAUAUAUAUAUAUAUAUAUAUAUAUAUAUAUAUAUAUAUAUAUAUAUAUAUAUAUACAUAUAUAUGUGUGUGUGUGUAUUGUAUUUUACUUGUAAUUAUGUUAAUUUUGUAUGUUUAUUACUUUGUGUCUCUCUGGGAUUUUUCUGAGUCACAAUAAAAGAGU